AUGUCACAACCACAACAAGAGAAAGAUAUAACUGAUCCAAAACAACUAAUAACCAUAUAUAAAAAGAAAGGUAAAUUUGAUAAUCAAAGACGACUUUUAUUAGAUAAUUUCAAACAAUCAGAAACUUAUGAUAAUCUUUUAUUAAAAUUAAAAUUAUUAAUUGAAAAUAAAGUGAAACAAGAUCCAAAUAUAUUAAUGAAAAAUAAGGGGAAAAUGGCGGCACUUAUUCAAGGGGAAAUGACAACAAAUGAUACUAAUGAAUUAUUAAAUAUAGUUGAUAAAGAUAUUCAAGAUAAAAUUAUUGAUAGUUUUGAAUUCCAUAAUUUAAUUAAAAAUGAUUUAAUUGAUAUAAAACAAGAACUUUUAGGGAUAAGCGAUGAAGAAAUUAUCAAACUAAAGAAUCAAGAAAAAUUGAAAUUAGAAAGAUUAAGAAUGGAAGCUAAAUUAAAGAAUUUGAAACGAAUACAACAACAACAACAACAAAACCAGGAACAACAACAAGUUGAGAAGAAUUAUAAGAACAAUUUCAAAAUAAAAAACCUUGCUGCUUCUUCUUCUUCUUCAUCAUCAUCUAAUCAUCGUGUUAAUAAACCACCAAGAUUUAAUUUAAGAGACUCAAGUACUAAUAUUAAUGGUAUAACUACUGAUACUCAUGAUAAACAAUCAUCACAACCCACUAAAGAGAAGAAAAAGGAUAAAAUUCCAUUUAUGAUGUAUUAA